GCUGUGUGCUCGGUCCGACUUCAUACGCGAAGUCGAUCUUAUUCGAUCCUAGAUCGUAUACCGGCGCCAAGAUACUUGAAAAGAAUCGCCAUUAUAAAAAGCAUGCAAUCGUCCUCGAAAGGACAUACUUCGAGCCGACAUCUUUUUUGCCAUGGAAUGCGUGGACGAACUUGAAGAACACCAACCGAACCUCACGGGUUUCGAUAUCGACCCAUUCAGUGGCUUUUUCCCUCCAAAACCUCUCCCCAGGCUCCCUCAACGUUUCGCACUCUGGGAGGCAUUUUCCCAGAUGGCCAGCCAAGCACUCGCCCUCAAUGAUGACCCAAGCGAGGAUGGCACCUUCAGACGAACUGUUGGAGCAUCCUGGAGAGAUGCUGUCUCGGCAUGGCCUAUAAUCAGUGUCGAUGAACUAGCGGAUGAUAUUCGCCUGCUACAGAGGGCGCACAUGGUUCUCGCAAGCAUCACGCAUUUCUACGCACAUUCACGUGCACCUUCCGACCAUGCUAUCCUUAUCCCAAAAUCCAUCUCAGUGCCUCUCGUCGAGAUCUCGCGUCACCUUCGGAUGGCGCCUGCACUCACCUUCGCAGACACACAGCCGCUCUCGGCGGAUAAUAUACGUGUAGAGCACACUUUCUCCGGCACGGACGCUGAGCAGAAUUUUUAUCUCGGCUCUGCGGCCAUCGAGCUGAGGGGCGUCGAGGUGCUCCAUGUCAUCGAGGAUUUCACAAACAACAUAUCCUGCGAUUUCUUCAACAUGAACUUAUACGCGAUCGGCCUCGUCGGGAACGGUCUCAUGCGCCUAGCGAACGUUAUCGACGAACUAUCCGAUAUUUUCCGUUCACUGCGCGCCCUAAUCGACCCGCACACAUUCUUCUCUGCUGUCCGCCCAUGGUGGUCGGGCUCAAGCUCACGAGGUCCCAUUCAUCAUGAGUGGGUGCUAGACGGGGUACCCGCCACAGCCAACGCGGACCUCGGCGGACCUUCCGCAGGCCAGAGCUCCGUCAUGCAUGCGCUCGACAUCUUCCUCGACGUGGACCACAAGCUCGAGGACACGGACCGCACGCCCGCUCCCUCCCCGGCGAACCUUCGUGCCGACCGAGAAUUUAUGGAGCGGAUGCGGAGGUUCAUGCCGGGCCCACAUCAAGACUACCUCAAGACGAUUCCGUCGGUGCGCGAGGCAGCUCAGAGGAGCCCCGAGCUGGUCGUGCCGUACAACGCUGCGGUGAUGGCGCUCAAGCGGCUUCGAGACCUCCACAUACGCAUCGUAACCAGAUAUAUCGUCACCCAGGCGCAUGCAACGCGUGCGAACGACAUCAGAGGGCAAGCAGGCGGCCCACCGCAGCGCACAUUUCGCGUUGCUCGAGGGACGGGUGGGAGCGAGGUGUCGAAUUUGUUAAAGGCGGGAAGGGAUGCGACUCACCGCGCGCUGCUGUAGUAUGCAAGCUGCACAAGAUCACUUUAUAGACUCAAACUAAGUUAGAACUGCUCUAAUAACCAUAGCACUUGGAUAUGUUCAUCAUAUAAUUUGUAGUGGACUGUCGUAAUUCAUUGACUCUCCG